AUGAGAUAUGUUUUUUUUCUUUUUUUCUGCUUUUUAAUAUUUAUAAAUUAUAAAAUAAAAACGGUAAAAUGUAACGAAAUAGCCAAUGUUUCUAAUUUGUCAAACACAUUUCCUUUAUCCUUAAAUAAAAUAAAAAUAACAACGUUAGAUGUAUUAAGUGAAUAUAAGAAAGAGCGAAAUAUUAUUACAAAGGUGUUUGAACAAAAUCAACAUGAAAAUAAUUACAUUUUUAUCAAUGAAAAAUUAAACUCCUAUAAUUCGAUAAAUAUAAAUUGUACAUUUAAAGUGAACAAAAAAAUCGACAAGACAAAAUUUGUAGUGCUUUUAGUAAAACAUUUUGAAGGAGAUAUAUUUCGUAAAAAUAAUAAAAUAGAUCAUUUAAAAAAAUAUGAAACAUUUAUAUUUACAAACAGAUAUGAAAAUGAUUUAAUCAUUUCAAAUUUAUCACUUUUAUUAGUUAAUUUAACAGAAAUUACUGGGUACUAUAAAUUUGAUGUUUUUAUAACAGACGGAGAAAAUAAUUUGAUGGUUUUUAAGCUUGUAAAAAUAUUUUUGUAUUUUCAUAAUAAUAUACCAAUAAUAGAAUAUCCAAUAAAAAUAGAGACAAUGAAAAAAAGAAAAAAGAAAAGUAUUAUUAUAGAAAAUAUUUGUAAAAAUAAAUUAAUGAUAAAUAAUAAUUCAUUAAAUAUAUUUAACAAAUUAGUUGUUCAUGGUUUUAAGGAAUAUUAUCCACAACCUUUAAUUUCCAAGAGAGAAUAUUUUACACACAAUUAUGUUAAUAAGAGUUUUGAUAAUAUGGCUAUUUCCAUUAUACAUAUGAUUUUAAUAAUUGCUUUUUUUAUUAUAUAUAUUUAUUUUAUUAUUUUUUAUAUGAAAUAUAAUAUUAAAAUUAUCAAUAUAAGUUACAUUAAUUAUGUAUUUGUGUUUUCGUUUAUAUCCAUUAUUUUUUUGUUUAUACUUUAUGAUUUGUAUUUUAAUGUUCUUGAAAUUUAUCCUAUAUUUAUUUUAUUUUUUUCAAUUUUUUUGUUUUUUUUUUUUAAAACAUUAACAAGUUUGGGCAGGCAGACUAAUUUGGGGAAGGCAGGCUAA